GGUGGGUUUCUUCCUUUCUAAUCGCUAUUUGACUUCAAGUCAAACAAUGACUUCUCAUAUCUUUCUCUCUCUCUCUCCCUCUCCCUCUAUCCAUUCUGCAAGGAAGAAAGGAAAGGAUACAGAAGUAAUUAAUGGGGAUUUGCUGGAGCUCGCCUGCUGAUGUGCCAUCCCCAGACCCACCACCAAUAUCAACCACCAUCGACCGUCUGAAUCCUGAUACAUCUCUUGUUAGUGACAGGAGCUGGCAGACUGUGGCAAGCACCAAUUUCACAUGGGCAUCUCAAGUGAGUACCAGUUUAACAGUUCCUGGGACUAAUAAUGCCACUGAGAACAGCCAAGCCUCAGAAGGAAUUGAUUUUGAGGGUCUUUCUAAUGGGGAUAUUAUUGCUGGUGAAACCUUGAGAGUUUUCACAUAUGCACAGUUGAAGGCUGCCACCCACAAUUUUAGAAGAGAUAUGCUCUUGGGAAGGGGAGGUUUUGGAAAAGUUUAUAAAGGGGGGCUCAAGGAGUAUGUGCCAUCUGAGGGCAAAAAGAAAUCGGUCAUCGCUGUCAAGAAAUUGGAUACUAUGGGCAGGCAAGGAUUUGAAGAGUGGUUGUCAGAGGUGCGAAUUUUGGGAAAGCUUUCUCACCCUAACCUUGUGAAGUUGUUGGGAUACUGUUUGGAGAAUGAAAAAUUCCUCCUUGUGUAUGAAUUAUUGCAGAAUGGCAGCUUAAAUUACCAACUAUUUGGAAAGGGCUCCGUUUGGCCACUUCCAUGGGACAUAAGGUUUAAGAUUGCUUUAGGAAUAGCUCGAGGACUGGCAUACAUGCACACGCUAGAUGCACCAAUAAUUCACAGAGAUCUCAAGUCUUCAAAUAUACUUCUUGAUAAGUCUUAUAAUGCAAAAAUUUCAGACUUUGGCUUGGCAUUUUUGGGUUCUUUCGCUAGUUCUUCACAUGCCACAAGAAGUUUUUCAGGCACUGCUGGUUAUAUGGACCCAAAGUACAUUGCCACAGGGCGUUUGUACGUAAAGGCUGAUGUGUACGGUUUUGGAGUUGUUAUGGUUGAGAUUCUAACAGGCUUACGUGCAAUUGAUAAAAGACGUCCGACAGAGCAGUGGGUACUUGUGGAUUGGGUGAAACCAUAUCUAUCAAGCAAAAGGAAGUUGAAAAAAAUAAUGGACUCCCGGUUAGAGGGGAAAUAUCCCUACAAGGAAGCCUCGCAAAUAGCUCAGCUUGCUAUUAAGUGUCUUCAACAAGAACCCAAAUUCCGACCAUCCAUGAAAGAAAUUGUUGAGACAUUGGAACAGAUUGAAGCAUGCCAUCAUAAAACAAAGAGAGCCUAAAUAUUAAUUCUGCUCAUGUUAUCGCCUAUCAACAGUUACAUUUGCUCUUAAAAGAAAGCAGGAUGUUAAAUCAAUAAAUCUAGCGUAGAAGCACUUGCCCCGAGCAGCGUAACUCUGCCAUGAAUGCCAUUGUCAAGGGAAGCUCUUCACCUGAAAUGCCUGAACUGCAUCUAUGUGACAGGUCAGGUAAUCACUUCCCCAUGAAAUAUUUCAGAGUUCCUAUUAUGUAAUGAGAUAUGGAAUGGAUUGGGAUUGAUAUGUAGCUAGAGGGGUGACUUCCAUUGAUUCAAUAUAGUUCCCAAGAAAUUCUUAAUAAAUUUAACUCGAUAAAUUAUGUUUUUAGGCUA